GCGACACACAUGCGCCUCGUUGCUCCGAAUACCUAGCGAUAAAGACGCACGACCCAUAUCGGCUUUUCUUUCCGAGGAGAACGAGCCAAUUAGCUUGCACGAUGUCGCCUCAACUCGCCAAGCGAUCGUCUUCCGCACUCGCUGCUUCGACGAUCAUUGCCGGUUGAUCGAGCGCAUCCGCACACGCACGCAACUGCCGAUUACAUCGGGGAAAAUUGCCGAGGGUCUAGGUAUUUUCAAACGCUAGGUGAUAACUCCUUUUCGGUCACUGGUUCUCUGUGGUGAAAAUAGACAAGAAAUGGAAGACUGGCUUGGUGCUUUAAAAAAUACAGCUGGCUCAAGGCCUGUGACAGAUCCCACAGCAACAGAACUACUUAAUGGAGCUCAUCAAUGGAUUGCAACCAGUCAUGCCAGACCAACAUACUGUAAUGUCUGCAGAGAUGCAUUAUAUGGUGUGACAUCUCAUGGUUUAAGUUGUGAAGUUUGUAAAUAUAAAGUACAUAAGAGGUGUAGUGAAAAAGCAAUAAACAACUGUAAAUGGACCACAUUAGCAUCAAUUGGGAAAGAUAUAAUAGAGGACCAAGAUGGGAACAUUACAAUGCCCCAUCAGUGGAUGGAAGGAAAUUUACCUGUAGCUGCAAAGUGUGCAAUCUGUGACAAAACCUGUGGCUCAGUAUUACGGUUACAAGAUUGGAGAUGUUUAUGGUGCAAAGUCACAGUUCAUACAGCUUGUAGGCCAUCCAUGAGUGAGAAAUGUCUCUUAGGGCCAGCCAAACUCAGUGUGGUACCACCAAUUGCAUUACAUAGCAUAGAAAAUGUCAAAUUCACAGGUACCGAUGAGGCAUGGGACGCCGUAAGGCCCAUAGGCUGCAGUCCACUCUUAGUAUUCGUAAACAGUAAGUCGGGCGACAAUCAAGGAAUCAAAUUUCUCAGGAGGUUCAAGCAACUGCUCAAUCCAGCGCAAGUUUUCGAUCUCAUCAAGGGUGGCCCUGGACCAGGGCUUCGGCUCUUUCGACAUUUCGACCCGUUCCGGGUUUUGGUGUGCAGUGGAGAUGGCUCUGUUGGCUGGGUCCUUUCUGAAAUCGAUCGUUUAGGAAUGCAAAAACAAUGUCAAGUUGGAGUAUUACCAUUGGGCACAGGAAACGACUUGGCACGAGUGUUAGGUUGGGGUGCGUCUUGCGACGACGACACCAAUUUAGCACACCUGUUGGAAAAAUACGAGAAAGCGGGUACGAAGAUGCUCGAUCGUUGGAGCAUCAUGGCUUUUCAUCGUGGUAUAGCAUUACCAUGUCAUAAAAUUCUCGAUCAGUCGGAUGCAACACUAAAUCAGAGUAUCAUUCACGAAUACGAAGAUAGUGUCAUCACGCACAUUAGUAAUAUUCUGCACAGUGAUCAAGAGUCCAUCGUCAUAUCUAGUGCCAAAGUUUUGUGCGAGACGGUGAAAGACUUAGCAAUAAGGAUAUCAGAGACAAGUAUGGGUACUGGUGAUCAACAGUUAGGCAAUAAAUGUGAUGUGCUGCAACAGAAGCUUGACCAGUUAUUGCAUACCCUCGAUAAAGAGGAGAGUUUUUUGUCGGAAAACGGUGAUGAGACGAAUGCUGAUACUUUGAGAUCCGACUGCUUGUCAUCGUUCGAGCAAGAACAGGAGAAAGGAGUACUCGAGAAACCUGAGAAAGAGAUGACUAACAUGAAGAGGUCGAAGAAGAGGCGUGGCUUUGAAGAAAAUCAAGCUGUUAUAUCGAGAGCAAAUAGUUUGAAGAGGGCUAUUCGUCAAUUAGUAGAGCACGCUGAGCAGGCUAUAGACGAGCAGAACAUUUCAAAAGGACCGAACAUUACGAUUACAACUGAGAGCGAAAAUUUCGAUGUCACUGAAAAAAGACGAGAACUAGAUAUUUGUGGCAUAAUAGAGGAAAACUAUAUGGAAAGUUUGAGCGUGACACCGACGAUGGAAACCAUGAGUAGUGGCGAUCCAUCACCGUGUUCAUCUCCAACGCCUAAUGUUGCUUCGCUUAGUCCUAUGCCAGAUAUCAGGCGAGAAUCUCAAGUUAGACCUGAAGAGUUGCUUACGUUGCCUGUUCCUGAUGAUUUUGCUGAUAGUCGAAGGAAUAGUUCGAUUCAGGGGGUUUUCAGUUUUUACUCCUCAACAUUUGUGGAAUCGGACAUUGAUGAGUUGUGCAAACAGCAGAAUCAUAAUUGUGAAUCACUAGAAGCGACCCAACAAGAAACUCAGUCAGAUUUACCACCGGUAACAGUAACAUCCACUACUUUGGAAACUAGUACACCGUCAGAUGACACGACGAUUCAAGAUGCAAUAAUAUCACCCGAUACUGACUCUGUGCCGUCAGUCGAUGUAUCACCCGAGUGUCCUGAGUCAAAAUCCAUCAGUGAAAAGAAACGCGUUGGUCAUAGGGGUAGCUGCACAAACAGCAUCAUCAGCUCGGAUAGCAUGGUCUCGGAGUCUUUCAAUCAGGUGGUGAAAAACAGCGAGAGUGAGAUAGGGUCUAUAGAUAGUGACAUUCUUGACUUGACUAAACGUUCAGAAAUCGAAGAAUUCGGCCAUAUUGACUCCCCGGAAAAUUCAGAUCAAUGUAUGAGCGACAUUCCGAAUUCCGAAAGUAUUGUUGAUGAUUUGAGUUCGUUGGGGCAGGAUUUGAUUAGUACAAUGUUGGGACAUGAGAAGUAUGAUUCGGUGAGAGAGGGUAUUCUCGAUUCAGAACAGAUAGAGAAACCUCAAAAAUUCUGUAGUCUAGCUAAAUUCGAAGGCAACGAUAUCGCUAGAAGAUCUUUCAAACGGCAAAGAAAUACUAAGAUAAAUAAAGAUGGAUUUUUCAAAGGAAGACCAAUCGGGCCAUUUGGUAGUAUUUUAGAGAAAAUGAGCUUGAACGAUCAAUUCAACGAACAAAGUCCUGAGGAUUUAGAAGACGAUAAUAAAUCAGCAGACUUGCUCAACGCUCCAGUUUGUCGAUUUAAAGUCACUUCCAGUUCCAGUCCAUCCAAUGACAAUUCACCAAAUUUUCCGCCAGCGAUUAGCGUUGUCGUUGAUCCCCCAAGCCCAUCGGCAUCAGUCAAGGGCAAGCACGAAACUGAUUUUAACUUUCAUAAUCUUAGCUCAUAUUUUCGUAGAUUCAGUGGUACUAGUAUGGAAAAAUUGAGCGUUGAACUACCAGAAGGCAGUGGAUGUUCACCGCAAGCAACACGCCGCAUUAGCAGGGGUAGUUUACUAAAACCAGCUGAGAUCGUAUCGUUGGCGGCAACUGCAGCAAAGUACGGUGGCUCAACCAUGAGUUUGAGACACGAGCGUUCAAAAUCUAUCGACAAGACUGAUGAAGUUAAGAAGCUUCCUAUUAUCAAUCCACUAGUCCGAUUGCCUAUGUGGCCAAACGUAAGUGGUGGCCUAAUUAGUCAAGCACUUUUAGCUAAUGCAGAUGCGCUAUGUGCAGCAGUAUCUCCUUUAAUGGAUCCAGAUGAAUCACUGAUGGAGGGAUAUUAUGAGCGUUGUGUUAUGAACAACUAUUUUGGUAUUGGAAUCGAUGCAAAGAUAAGCUUAGAUUUCCAUCACAAGCGUGAAGAGCAUCCAGAAAAAUGUAGGUCGCGAGCGAAGAAUUACAUGUGGUACGGAGUAUUGGGAUCGAAACAGUGGAUACAACAAACCUACAAGAAUCUCGAUCAAAGGGUACAACUUGAAUGCGAUGGACAAAGGAUCCCAUUACCUUCGUUGCAAGGCAUCGUCGUUUUAAAUAUUCCAAGCUUCAUGGGCGGCACCAAUUUCUGGGGCGGAUCGAAGGAGGGCGACUUAUUUUUAGCUCCGUCGUUCGACGAUCGUAUUUUGGAAGUUGUCGCCGUGUUCGGCUCCGUGCAAAUGGCAGCCUCUCGAUUGAUCAAUUUACAACAUCACAGGAUCGCUCAAUGUCAAAGCAUACAAAUAAACAUCCUUGGGGAUGAAGGCGUACCGAUACAAGUCGAUGGUGAAGCUUGGGUGCAACAACCUGGAAUUAUCAGAAUUAUACACAAGAAUCGCAUGCAGAUGCUGUAUAGGAAUAGGGCUUUAGAGGAAUCGUUGCGCACCUGGGAAGAGAAGCAGCGUAGUACAAUGGCCGCUGUCACGCAAUCCUCAUCAACCCUAAGUACUUCCUCACGGACGCCUAGCCAAGCUCACAUUGAUGUCAAACAAAUCGCUUUGACCGACGAAGAAAUAUCCGUUUUGAUAGGUUUCAUUGAUGUUGCAAGUACACUUGUCAAGUGGGUUAAACUUCUCAUCAUAUCUCACCCUAGUAUUGAAGCAGAUUUGUACCAAAUAGCUUCGAGAACUUCUGCCGUACUCGAUAAGAUUCACCCAGGCGGAAAAAUUUUAGAAGGGCCGCAUCUCAGACCAGUUGUUACGGAGGUCGUUUCUACUGCGAGGCAAUUGUAUGAGGAAUCUUGUGAACUUUUGCGGGACAAAGCUCAUAAUCUAAAAUUGCGCGAAGAUUUGGAAAGUAAACUGUCAUCGUCGUUGGCAACAAUGGAGCAUGAACUUCGAAAAUGCAUCUUUGACGAGCGUGGCAAUGGACUUGUAUACUUACAAAAUAUUCAGGAAGAGCCGACCGACAAAAAGAAUCGUCACCGGGGCUUAUUCUGGUUAAAGUUUCGACGUUCAGGUCAGAACAAUGGCGGUUCGACUCCAUCGGUCCGAGAGCAAGCUACCUUAUGGGGUACGCAAGAAGUUUGCACGUGGCUGGAUAAUCUGCAGCUGGGCGAGUAUAUGGAAAACUUCGUGUCUCACGAUAUUCGAGGCAAAGAACUUCUUACCCUCGGAAGGCGAGAUCUUAAAGAUUUAAAUAUCACGAAGGUGGGCCAUGUUAAGAGGAUAUUGCAGGCUAUUGCCGAACUAAAUAUUUAAAGCGAUCGU